AUGUCCAACCGAAAUACAAAAUCUAAGAGUCCUAACAUUAAAAAACAGUAAAAUUUUGACAAAGAUUUAAUCAAAUAUCUUAUUUUAUAAAAGAUAACCAAACCUUCUGUUCCUGCCGAAAUGAUUACCAAAACCUAAACCGAUGAAGAUUCAGAACUCAAUUAAUUUAGAUAAGAAAUUGAAAUUAAGUAUUCUUAAAUCCUUUAUCUUAUUUCUAGAUUCAAGAAAUGUAAAAUCAAUUAGUAAUUUAAGUUUCCAAAAGAAAACUACGAAUCUUCAUCUGAUAAUUCUCUUUCAUCUCUUAAAGAUGUAACUCUCUAUUAGUUAAAUCAUAAUAACUUACAAUCUAUCACAGAUGCAACCUAACCAUAAUUCAUUAAACUACUCAACCAAAAAUUAAUCAAAUUAACAGAUUUAAUUCAAAAUGAAACUUCAAAUGAAAAUCCAAUCCUAAAUCUUAAUUAUUCAAGGUUAAUCUCUUAAUAAAUAUUAAGAUUACAAAAGCUCCGUGUUCAGAAUCUUUCCAAUACAUCCAUAACAGAAUAGAUUGAUUUAACUGUAACAAGUCAAGGUCGUGAAAGCAUGACUUAAAAACACAAUUUUAAUAUUGGCUUUAGAGCUACCCCUACAUUGUCUAAAGAAAAGAAAAAUCCACCUAAAAAAAUACUUAAUAUAGAAUAACAAAAGUUGCUAAAUAAUGCAAUCAAGUAAUUUAAUCAUUUGUUAAUUUAGCAACCCAUUCCAUAUCAGAAAUAACUAAGGGAACAAGUCUUUACUUAACAACACUGUUUAUGCUCAAGACAAAAAAAAUAUUGAGAACAUUAGAAUUAAAACAGAAUAUAAUGAUUAAGAAUCGAAUUUAAGUCAUUUUUAUUUACUGUCUAAAUCAAGGUAAAUAAUUAUUUUAUUAUUCUAUUUUCAUUUCAGACCUAAGAAUAGAGAAACAAAUACAAAAAUUAAAAAAUAAGAUUCCUCUUAAAACCAUAAAAUGUUAAAUUAUACAAUAGAUAGUCAUAUGUUAGAAAAGUUAAAAGGCACAAGGAAUGCUAAAAGUUAAAACAAAAAUUAUUAAAAUUGAUUUUAAUUAUUUAUUAAUAAUUUGUGCUUUUUUCACUUCUACACUCAUACUCUAUUGCCAUAAUUUAAAUCAAUAAGAUAUAUGUGCAAAUUAUAAAUAAUAGUAAAAAUUAUAUAGAUUAGAAAGAUGUUGUAAAAAACGGAUUUGUGAUUAAUUAAUAUAAAAUGAAAACUUUCUUUGGGUUUACAUUGUUGUAUUUGAUAUUGGCUAAGUAUAUUAAACAUACUACAUUAUAGUCAAGGAAUUUAAUCAAUUCAAUAAGAAAAAUUGCAUCCAAUUUCAAAAAUUAUACUUGGAUUGUCAGAAGUGUAAUCAAAAGAUUUUAAUUUCCAAUAAUUGUUUGUUUCACUAGAUGAAUUGGCAGAUUCUUUCUAAAAAAGGGUAAAUGAUGAAAAUACUACUUAUGAACAAGAUUAGUAAUCAUAUUUUUCUGAUGUCUAAUUCUAUGAGAAUUAAAUAAAUGAUUUUAAGAACAAAGUUUAUUUUGAUCAUUAUCUCAUAGAUUGCAUAAUUGGAAAUUGAUAUCAAAGAAUUAAAUGAUGAAGGAUUACGUUUAUAAGCAUUUUUAACAGAAGCUAAUUAAGACUUAAGUGAUGCAAUUAAAUUAGUGACUUAAAAGGAAUAACAAAUCAACUCAGAUAAUUCAGUUUUUGAAUAACAGAAUUAAGAAUAUGCUGAUACAAUAAAUGUUCUUGAUUAAGCAAUUACAUUACUUAAUGAAAUCAAAGAUGAAGCUUCAUUAAUCUAAAAAUAACAACACAUCAAAGAAGUCUCUUAAAAUAUGCACAAAAGGUAUGAAAUUCUUUCUUAUGAUUGUUAGUAUGAAAAAAUUGUCAUCAAAAAGAGUCUUUUAUUAACCUUUAGUAAAUGUUUUAACAUAAUUAUCAUAAAACAACUAUGUAGAUUAAGAAAACCUUAAUAAAGUCAUUAAUUUUAUGAGUUAACUUAGAUAAAAUUUGAUUGAUGCAUAAAUAUCAUUGUAAAAUCAACAUGAAUCAUAAUCUAAAUUGUAAUAAGAUAUUUUAUCUGAAACCUAAGCUAAAGUUAGUGAAAUUUAAGAUUUUUUAAUUCCAUUAUUAGAAACAGAGAUUUCCAUCAAGUAAAUUGAAGUUAGAGCUUUAAAUUCAAUAUUAUAAGAUGCUUAGAGUAAUUUAGUAGAAGCUUAAGAUAAUCUUGUUGCUACUUAAAAUAGAUGGAUUGAAAGGUAAUAAAUUAUACUAAUCAUUAAUUUAGAACUGCAACACAUAACAACUUAUUAUAACAAUAUAAUAAUGAGUUGCUAGCUAUUAAAGAUGCCGAAAAUGCGCUAAAAAAAGGUGGUAUAUUUAGAUAAUGAUUUUGUUUUAAUCAAAAACAAUUAAUAAUAA